AUGAAUCCAACAGUCAGAGGCUUCUCAACCGCCGCGAGAGUGCACCCGCCCUUUUUGCCACAUCUCCGCCCAUCGCCGCGCCGAGCCCCGAUCCGACGCUGGCUCAAAACUGCCGUCGUCAUCACCGCCGUCGGUUACGCCUCCAAAUCCUACUUCGACAUCACCCGCGCCCACCGCCGCGAAACCGCCCUCGCCCUCGAGCACGACUCCGCCGAGAGGCAGCGCAUGAUGGAGAACUUGUACGGCGGGCGCGAGAGCCUCGAGGAUUUGGAAAAGGGCGUUGCCGAGUAUGGCAAACGGUAA